AUGCCUACUACAACACAUACACAUCCAAAGUCCCGUUUAGGGAUACAGCAACCUUCUGCGAAAGAGGUAACUGGUACCAUUAUUAUGAUGGAUGACCCAGAAGAUAAUGACGAAGAUAAUGAGUCAAUGAAAAAAUCAGCCACUGGUAUUAUAUUGAGCCCGCAACCGCAUGAUUCUCCCAAUGAUCCAUUAAAUUGGCCCGUCUGGAAACGUGACAUUUGUUUAUUGAUUAUUGGGUUCCAAAGUUUUAUUGGUGGUGGGAUGUCGCCCCUUUUGGCUGCCGGUAUGAAUACUUUGGUUACUGAGUUUGAUAGGCCGUUGACAACAAUUUCUUAUCUAGUUGGUGGAUUCAUGUUGUCAUUAGGAUGUGGGUCAGUUAUAGCUAGUCCCACUGCGGUAUUAUUUGGUAAAAGAUUAGUUUAUAUUGGAGGUAUUUUUAUAUUUAUGAUGGGUGCCAUUUGGGGUGGUGCUGCCAAAGAUUUUGGCAAUCUUAUGGGUGCAAGAGUCAUCACAGGGUUUGGCGCAUCCCCAACUGAAUGUUUGCCAAGUUCUACCAUUGCCGAAAUUUAUUUUGCUCAUGAAAGAGCAUAUAGAGUUGGGCUUUAUACAAUGUUAAUGUUGGGUGGGAAGAACAUCAUCCCAUUGUUAUCAGGAUUGGUAUUUCAGAGUUUGGAUAGACACUGGUUGUUUUGGAUUUUGGCGAUGUUUUUAGGGUUUAAUUUGAUUGCCACAUUUUUAUUUGUCCCAGAUACAUUUUGGGAUAGAAACCCAACACCUUCAAAAAGAUCAUUAGAGGAAACAAAAAUGGCUCAAAGUGUUGCCACCUAUCACCCACCAUCACAAAGACCAAAUGCUUUUGCAUUACAUCGUCCUUCACAAAUGAACAUUACAGACGUUCACAGUUUGUCGUCAUCUAUCAACGAAUCGGCUGAGAAACAACAAGAAGUUGGUCAAACUCCAGUGGGGAUUACCGAACCUAAUGAUAUAUCACAACAACAACAACAACAAGCAACUCCUCAAACGAAGAACUCAUAUUUAAAAGAAAUUAGACUUUAUCAGGGUAGAUUCACUAAGGAUAGUUGGUGGAUGGUAGCAUUAAGACCAUUUGUAUUGUACUGCUAUCCUUCAGUAUUAUUUGGGUCCUUGACAUAUGCAUUAGCAGUGGUAUGGUUGAUUGUCAUUUCCGAAACCAUUGGAGAAAUUUUUAGACAUCCACCUUAUGGUUAUAACCAGCAGACGGUUGGGUUAUUUUAUAUUUCGCCAUUUAUUGGUGGGAUUUUGGGUUCUUUGACCUGUGGUUUAUUAUCUGAUCGAAUUGUUCGAUACCUUGUUUCUAAAAAUAAGGGGGUUUAUGAACCUGAAUUCAGAUUAGUUAUGAUUAUUCCAUCGACUCUCUUUAUUGCUAUUGGACUUAUGGGAUAUGGAUGGUCAUCACAAGUACAUAAUCCAUGGGUAGCGCCUGUGAUUUUCUUUGGCGCUAUGUCUUUUGGCAGUUCUAUGGCGUCAACCACAGCAAUUACUUUUGCUGUUGACUCUUACAAAGUUUUCGCUGCCGAAUCUUUGGUGUCAUUUAAUUUUUUGAAAAAUUUAUUAGGGUUUUGCUUUUCAUUAUUUAAUAAUAAAUAUGCUGAUCGUGAAGGGUACCGCGCAGCUUAUGUUACCUAUGGGGGGAUUCAAAUAUUUGUCAGUCUUUUUGCUAUCCCACUUUACAUAUAUGGCAAAAAACUUCGAAGAUGGACAGAUGAAAAAGAAUUUAUGAGAAGCUUGUAUCACGAAGAUAAUGUUCCUCCAAGUGUGGCUCCUUCCAAAACUAGAUUAAGUGAGGAAUUCCUUCAUAGUGAUACUACGACUAAUGAGAAUACGAUUACUAAAUGA